UUACCUUGAACUGCAUCUACUUUUGUCUCUUUAAAGGGUUGCUGUUUUCCUUUUGGAAAAAGCAAACAUGGCGACACCGGUGCCUGUUCUCCGCCUGCCUAAAGGCCCUGACCUGAACAGCCGGGGAUUUGACCCUAACUCGCCUCGCUACAUUGCCCUCUGCCGCACCACUCUUGCCACGUCAGAGGCAGCGGGCGCAGACGGAGAGGAGCUGCAGCAGGAGCAGCACGCCCGCUCUGUGCUGAGGGAGCGUUUCCUGCGGUGUCUGCUUGCUAUGACCAACAAGAAGGUCCGCUUCAACAUGCAUGAAAAUGUGACAGUUGAGGCCACGUUUGGUUCAUCGGACAUUGAUGUUCUGAACUUCCAGGUGUCUGACCUGCACACGCCGAUUGGAGUUCAAAAGGAGGCGUUGAUCAGGUCUCAGGAUGUGAUUUCCUUCACGUUUGAUGCGUGAAAACUAGGAUGUUUGUGAACAAAAGCUCUCAGGAAUUUGUUGAUGUAAAUAUAUAUUUUUAUACUAUGAAGAUGUUUUCAUACGUGUUGUUGUUCAUGUGGUUUGAUUUGUUCAGCCUGUCUUAACAUAUCAACCGUAAACAAAACUGAGUGACUCAAAAAAAAAAAAAACUCAAUCGAUGAGAUGUGCUUUUUCACCACAGGAGGGCGGCAUCUGUCCAUGUUUAUGGAAAGCAUUUACAAGUAAAAAAUAAAAUCAUUCCUAUGA